UAUAGUGGGAUGCUUGGCUGGCUUCAAACAUUGGUGCUUGCACAUACUGUCAACACCAUGGUCAGGUUCCUGCUACCCAUGCUGGGUGCCUUCCUCAGCUUUACCCCCGUCUGGCUUCAAGAUCCGUGCGUCUCAAAUACUGUGUUAUUGAGUGACAGCACUAGAGUCUUGGAUCACGUGCAGGAACCGGGUCAGAUCACAAACGGCUUCUGUGACAUCUCUCUCAAGCCAGGCUGGUACCGGCUCAAAAUGGGUAGCAACGAUGUGGACCUGGCUGCGUCUACUCCCAAUCUAGGCGCCUGUAAUACAGCAUUUCCCAUCUGGAUGGAAGGAGCGGUACCAGUUGUCAACAAACAGAUUUCAACGACAGUGUGUAUUGUGGCAUCACCAAUGUACCCGUGCGCACUAAAACUUCCGGUCAAAGUGAAGAACUGUGGUCAAUAUCGAGUGUACCACUUACAGCCCACACCGUUUUGUCCAACUGCGUACUGUUUCAAUAAUUUCCCUACCGUUGUCAUUGUACCAGAAGUCGUUCCAGUCCUGGGGAAAAGCACUGUUAACCCUACGUUUGAAGACUUACGUUUCGAGUGUAAAUUUGUCUCCCCUAACCCAAGUUAUUUUUACGACGUCGUUUGGAGAAUAAACGGAGCUGAAGUGGCCCGGAUAACCCAGAAGUCCGGAGCUAAUCUGCCUGUGGGCGCUCAGCUACUGGAGCCCAUGUGGACUGGCCAAUACAAGCUUGGCAUGCACGUCCAGUGUUCAGUGAGAGUCCGCAGCUCGGCCAAUGGAGUGCCCAGUCCGGAACACCACAGCCAACAGUUCUUCGCCGGGCUGAAGGUGUUAAAUCCAGCCGUUGAUCUGAACGAGGGAGAAUCUGCCGUUAUUCAGCUCCAAUCCACCGUGCCUGUUCCCUGCCACACCAUCUUUGGUUUUCCGUGUACUGUCCGCUUCGUUGACCUGAGAACCGAUGUAAAUAAUGGGUGUGAGACAACAGAGAAAGGAAACUGUGGUUUUGUACUGUCCGCGGACAAAUGGAAUCUUAUUCACGAACUGAAAGUGACGGCGAAGUUCGACGGCAUGUUCGGUAGUCGCAUAAGCCACCUGUUCCUGACCUCAACACCCCCAGCUUUCAGUGCGGCUAACCACGUAUGGGCUGACGUCAAGCCCCAACCGGUCAUUAUAAACAUCCACGAUAAAGACGUUCUAACUUCUGGAUCCUAUUGCAUAAUACGCAACGACCCCCAUUUUUUAUCAUUUGAUCGAAGAGCAUUUGAUGUGCAGCUGCCCGGCGAGUUUGUGUUGUACCGCCAUAAAACCUUACCCAUAGAGGUGCGGGGAUUUUUCCAGCCGUGUGGACACAUCCCACAUUGUAUUUGUGGUACGGCUGUUAGAUCAGGCGAGCAGAUUUUUGUGUUUUCGAAGUGUAAUGAUAACCUGGUUUAUCAAACAACCCGAGUGCGGGUGUACGGCUGCAACAGCAAACAGAUGAGAGUCACCACACCGGAUAAAGGCACUAACUAUAAGGUAGAACUGCCUACUGGUAUGGUGGUUGAGAUCAGGAACGGUUACGUCAAGAUCAUCCCCUCACCGGCUGACGUGGGACAGGUGACGGGGCUGUGUGGGAACUUCAACGGGGAUAAGGAUGACGAGUACAUAGACCCGAAUGGGAUCCAGCACAGCAAUGCCUGUGACUUCCUUUUAUUCAGUCGAUUUUGUGUGGUCAAUAAAUAUGGAGAGACUUGGAGAAUUAAAAUCGCAGAUGAGUCGUAUUACGGCUAUCCUAAUAUCGUCCUAAGUCCAGCCCAGGUGGGUCAAUGUUCUUGUACCAGCCUGACUGGACAGGUGUCACAGGACGUGAGCUGUAGCAGGGUGUCCCCUCAACAUUGCGGCACCCUAGACCCCGUGGUGACGGACGAAUUUUGUACUCAGAUUCCACCAUCGUCGACCGGGCGGAGAAAGAGACAAGCAGAAAACAGUGAUGAUUUGAAUGACGACGAUGUCAGGCCCGUUUUCCCGUUGUACACGGACACUGAAUUUCAGGUACCAACGUGGAGAAAUGGAUGGAAUGAGCAGAAAGCUAGACAGCAUUGUGAACUCUUCUUUCAACGGUCCCCUGCAUUUCAACCUUGUUUACAAGUCGAUAACGUGGAAAUGGAUCGUGACAUCGACUUUUGUACUAUUGACGUGCUGCUGUCUGGCACCACAGAAUGGACCCUGUCCUCCUUGGAAUCGUUUUAAACACAAUUGUAUGUCUGAGGUGCGAAGGAACACAACGCUGUGGAUGCCGGAAGGCAACUUGCCGUCCGUGCUUGAUCAAGUGAUGGAAUCUAGU